CAAAGAGAGAAUGACAAUAAUAACUUUGAAAAUAACAAGGAAACUAAUAAACAAUUGCCUGAUUUGCAAGCUAUUAGCACCGAUGAUCAAUUUUUAAUUAACAAUAUAAACCAGUCUGAUAAUGAAUGUAUUAAUGACAAUCAACAAGAUAAAAAUAACGGAAAAAUGGAUAAAUCUAUACCCAAUGACCAGCAAUCAAUCAAUAUUAUCUCUGGAAUGCUUAAACAAAUGACCCUAGCAAACAAUAGUACACAAGCCGAUGACAUUGGAUCUAUUCAAGAUAAUGAUAAUGAAGAAGACUUGGAUGUAAGUGAUGAUAUUUCACCAGGAUGUUUAGAAUGUGAAGAUUGCUAUAGAAAUAAAAGGAAAUGUGCGCAUAUUGUGGUUGUUCUUUGUUUAAUCCUCCGCCCACAAGAAUUCUCUCCAGAAAUUGGUACUGUGAGUGUGAAAGUGGGAAUUGAAAUAGAAUAUGUAAAAAUUGCAAAAAAAUCAACUUCACAUAAUGAUAGUUCUAUCGAUGAUUUUAUUGAAAAUAUUCCUGUUGUUGUUAUAGAAAAGGAUGAACCCUUUAAUAAUAGACAGCAAAUAAAUGAAACAGAGGAUAUGCCAGUAACCCAAUCAGAUACAAAUAAGGUACGCAUUCAUAAUCAAGUUUUGACAGAUUUAAAAAUAAAUUUCAAGAUUGUAAUUAAAGUUAUCAUAUUACAAAGGAGUCAUUCACACAACUCAAUAGUUCAAUUUCUCAAAGUUCAACCUCUCUUCACUCAGUAUAAUACUUUAGAUGAAGAUAUUCAAUCUUUACAA